UUUUAUCUUGUCCCAAAUAUCUAAGAUCGAAACCUGUCAUCCUAAAACGAAAUUAUCACUUUCGAUUUCGAUAAAGUUUCUCUCUGUUUAUGUGUCUCUGAAUCUGUCUUUCUUUCCCAUCCUCAUGAUGGAUACUUGAAAAUCUUUCUCUCUGUCAUAUUUCAUAUUUUGAAAAUGAAAUACUUGGAUUAUUGAUUCUUAGCUCACCGAUUAUUUAUGAUAAUAGUACAUUUUACCAACCAUAUUGGCGAAUGGCAGUAUGAUCCAUUAAUUAAUUUAAAAUAAUAUAUUUUUACCCCCUCUUUCUUUAGAAUUUUAUAAUUGUUUGAAAAAAAGAAAUUAUGAUGUUACGUGCCUGUAUAGAUCUAUGUACUCAUCAAGUAUAUAUUUAUGAUAUUUCAAGUAGAUUUAUAACUCUUGAUUGUGACGGUUAUUUCCAGUAAUCUUGCGUAAUUUUUUUAUUUAUUUUUUUUUUUACAUAGUUGUAAGGCCUAAACGUUGCUAAAACAGUAAUUCAUGAACUCAAGAGAAGACUUGAACAUUCUAUCAAAUAUGACAGUUACUUGUGAUUGGUAAUCAUGACGUCUUUCUUUAAAAGUAUGCAAAAAUGACGUCACAUUUUUCACUGUGACGUUUUAAAACUGUUUUGCUUGGAACAGCUAUUUUGGUUCGUACUGUACGUUGUCAAUGUAAACAAGGUUCAAUACUAUUUUUAGAUGAUGUAUAAACUGUUGGAUUAACCAAUUUACCUAUAUUUUGUCAUUAUUAUUGCAUAUUUAUGAUUUUAUAAGCGACAGGAACAUUUCAUUUGUACACAUUUAUAGAGAUUAAGACAAGAUUUGGUGUACAACUGUGCAUCAUAGCUGGCCUAGUACUGCAUUUUAUUUGGUCCAGUUGCUCUUUGCAUUUCAUUUGCUCAUAAACUGAUAUUUUUUAGACUGUAAUUAUUAUAUCAUUGUGGUCGCUGAAACAAUAACAAGUACAUUAAGUUGUGAUUAAUUUUCUUAUAUCACUGCACAUGUAUGUACAAUUUGUUGCUGUGCGCUACAUGGCGAUCCGCCUGUGCACAAACGUCAAAAUCAGAUGCCUGAUUAGAUAUAAAAAUAAAAAAAUGAAAUUGGCCACAGCCAAUGGCCAGAACGAAACAUGCACAAUUACUUCUUUUAAAGAUAAUCUAUCUCUAGUUUACUGCUUUUUGUGGCCGAUGCAUGUGGCCACAUGGAAUUUUCUCCUAAAAGGUAGAAAAGGUGAAGAAAAUCGUCCAUUUCCCGGAUUCCGGAUAGGUUUGAAUAGUACUCAACAUUACCAGAGACCUAGAUCCACCGAUAUGUUUGUAUAUAUAAAUACUAGGGAUCAUCAACUUCAUAUAUAUCAUUGAUUUGUAUUGAUAAUUGUUCUCAUUUUUGAAGUAUUUUACAGGGCCUAGUUAUGAUAACGAACGUACCUAGCUCUUUGAAAGUUUUCAAUUUCAAAAUACUGUUGUACAUCUGCUCCACUUUUCAUCCAUAUCAAAUUUCUCUGGUGUAGCAUACCUCAACUCAUGACUCCAUGGGAAUCGGGUGGGGGUCAUAAUAUGGGGUCAAAUUUUUUUGUAGGGAUAAAGAGAAUAAAAAAAUCUUAAGAACAGCUGGUGACUUCAGUGAAUGUGAUUGAUAAAUACUUCACCUGUUAUAACUAAAGUGUCAAAAAUGGUGGCCUAUGGAUGGCCGUAGCAGUGAGUGUUUUAAGUAGUGCAGAUAACUAUCUUGACACUGGACCUGUUUCUAAGGUCACAUUCGAGAGCUGAUAACUCUAGAAAGUUGCACAGAAUAACAACCAGUCUGGUCUAGCAACCCCAACCCAAAAUGCUUGCUGUAUUAUAAUCCUAAGUUACCAGAAAGAUUUUGAAAUUAACUGCGAUUUAUAGAUUAUAUACUAUUAUGAAGUCUUGCAAUUCAGCGAUUGCAUCAUUUGGAAUUUUAGUAAACUCAGGUGACCUAUUGCAAUUGGUUGUUGUCUGUCAUCAUUGUAAAUUUCAGGACUCCAGCGCCUCGAGGCCUUAAGGGGCAAGGCAAAAACUGUCCAAAAAUUUACCAAUUUUCAAAAAUCUUCUUCUCAAGAACCACACGUGUAAGAAAAACUAAAUGCAUGGUGAUGUAGAGCAGGAAGGCCUCUUCCAAAAUUGUAAAUUUCAUGAUCCCCAGGGUAGGGGUUCUGACCCCAGGGCGGGGCCAAACUUGGUAUAUAGUGUUUAUGUGUAAAAAUUUAAAAAACAUCUUCUUUAGUAUUAUUGAUACUAAAUUGAAACUAAAUAGAUAUUUAGAAAGAACAGUUAGUCCUUUACCAAAAUUGUAAAUUUGAUGAUUCCAGGGAUAGGGGUUUUGGUAUCAGGGUGGGGCCAAAAUGGUCAAUUAUUAAAUGUGUGAACAAUAGACAUUUUUCAACUUCUUCUUCAUAACUAUCAUUCCAAUUCUUUUCAAAAUUGGUAUGACGCAUAUUUGGAACAAGGGGGACAUAAAAAUUGUAAAUUUCAGGAUUCCUGCAUCCCUGGGGCCUUAGGGGCAGGGCAAAAACUGCCCAAAAUUGGCAAAUUUUUAAAAAUCAUCUUCCUAAGAACUGCAUGCAUGUAAGAAAAACUAAAUGCAUUAAGAUGUAAAGCAGGAAAGCUAAAAUCUACCAAAAUUGUAAAUUUCAUGAUCCCUGGGGUAGGGGUUCUGACCCCAGGGUGGGGCCAAACUUAGUAUAUAUAGUGUUUAUAUGUAAGUUUGCUGAUACUGUAUAAAAUAUAAAUGCAUACUAAGGAAUAGCAAAGCAACGAGAGGUCUUCCGUCGGAGCUGUGUGACAUAAAAACCUUGAACUUGACCAUAUGUCCUUGGGUCAGGUCCUAAUACAGCCUCAGUUAACAUGAAAAUCUGUUAUAAGUAUGAAAUCUAAAUGUUUCUUCAUUACUUGAUAUGGCCAGGACAGGGUUUGUAUUUUCUAAAAAGUGAACUUGACAAUGUGACCAUGGGUUAAGGCCAGGACAUAUUCUUUGAUCAUAUGGCGCGUGUAUGUGAGAUUAAAUUCUUUAAGCAUUUAACUUUUUAGUCCCAAUAAUGAAGAAAAAAUUACUAUUUAAAUUUAUGGCUCAGGACAUACAAUAAAGGUUUAUAGCUGUUACCAAUAUUUUAUCAUACAACAAAAAUUAUGAUAGCAUAAUAUUCAGACUGAAGAGAAUAAUUCAUCGAGUUUGAAUUAUUUAUACAUACAAAUCAAAUAGAUUGCUCUCAAAUCUUGAAUAUUUUAUUAAACUUUAAUAUCUAUCUGCGUAAAUACAUGUAGGUAUAUUAUGUACACAGUGCGCACAGAAGUCGUGUAUGAAUUUCACGCCAGUGGCACGUGCCGAAGUUACAUAAUUUGGACCAAGAGUUCUGAAUCAAUGUUUAAUCAAAGUCAUUGUUUUUAUAAAAACAAUAAAACAACAAAUCAUUUGAAAUGAGACUGGUCGGCCAUGGGUUUCUGAAUAUUCUAUACGCAUGUUUAGAUUUGGUUUAAUCAUGAUUAUAAACUAUUGAUUUCAAAUCAUGUUCAGAAAUAAUUUGUUAUGUUUGUAAAAUGUAUCCAUUUUCUUUUUCACAACAAAGAAUUUGAGUAAAGCUUGUGUGUUCAUUUAAAGUAGUGUGAAAUCACAGAUCGCUAGUCCAGCAGCGAUGAAUCUCCGAUAUGAAACACACAUUCAUUUAGACAUGAUUGAGAAACGAACUGUAUAUUAAAUUGCAGAUUUUAAGAUUGAUGCUUGACUCAAUGCUCUAGAGUUUUGAAUUUAAAACAAAUCAAACGUAAGACUGAAUUAUUCGAAAAAUCCAAUAUGAUCAAAAACAUGACAUUCUGUGUUAUAUUUAGGACGACAAUGUUUACUUUGUGUACAUGCCCUGGUUCACACGUGAUGGUUCCUCGAGGUGGUUACGUAAUUGUAAACAGAAACAAACCCCGCGGUGUAUGUAAGAUGCGUGUAGUUAAUGACUGAGUUAUUCUAUGCUUGAAGGUUUGUUUCUUCAAUUAAAUAUAACGUUGUUUUAAAAACAAUCAUAAAAGAGAUAACCUUUUCCUCUUUUUUUCUUUGGAACGAUUGUUUAUAUUAAAGCUACGAAAUAAUAAAAAAAACAAAAGUUGUUUAUAGAUGAUUUUUAAAGGAACCAUAGAUCACGUUAAAACCUUAUUUUAAAAGAAUAUUAGCAUUUCAUGAAGUCAGAUUUAUCAAUUAAAACAAGUUUAUUUAAGUUAUACGCAUAUUUUUCCCACUUCACCUACCUAAUGAUACGGUUACCUGUUUGCGGGUCAAGUUUUUUACUCAUAUAUAACACAAUACUCGAGCAAAAUAUUAUGUUUAUGAGAUCAAUAAGAUGUUAAAGAACAACUUUUUCAGCGAAAGCCAUAUCGAAAAAUUUACCGUUUUUGAGUUAUAAAGUGAAAACUGUGAAGAUCCCCAGAUCCCUAAUUUAAGGGGCCAGCCCCUUUUUAGGGAUAUCAAAAGAAAGUUCUUAACAUUUUGCACAACUUUUGUUCUACACGUCUUAACAAAAUAUUUUUAGUUUAAAAGAUACAAAGGAAAAUACGUGUAAUUUUUUGCUCCUUUAGGCGUCCUAAUUUUUUAACCCUGUCAACCACCAUUUCGAACGCUGUAAUCAAAAAACAAAAAACGAUGUGCACAACUACAUUAUGCUCCUACUUUUCAUUUUCAAUUAUGCAUUUUCUGCUCAAGCUUAUACAGUCUCAGAGCCUUUGUCUGGAAACCAAAGCCCCUAAAAUUUCAUUCAAAGGGGAAUAACUCGUGAACAAAAGGGAAUUUCUUAAAUGUAGUAUAUGAUUUUAAAAUUGUUCUGUCAAGUUUAUAAACCCUGAAAAAUUGAGCAAAAUCCAUGCAGAAAUGAGCGAGAUAUGAAGUUUCAAAGUUAGCGUCUAGGAAAAGAGAAAAAAAAGAAUAAUAAGAAUAAUCUUAACCAGCACAAUCAGUAGAAGGUCUUCCGUUGUUACGGAAGACCUUAAAAAUGGUGAAUUUCACAACCCAGGGUUUUGACUCUAGGAUGGGUCCAAAUUAGUUUUCUCUUAUAUGUUUUAAUGUUAAUACACCUAUUAUAUUAAUUGAAGCAUUCAUCACUUAUGAGGGCAUUGAAGUUGUAAGGACACAUCUUGUUUUAUACUUUUGCUGAAUGUCAAAAUUUAGCUUAGAUAUUCAGAACAGAAAAUUAUGUUUUGUAGAUUUCAUAGCCCUUGGGAGUAGUGAUAAUUUUUCACUAGUACUCAGGUGACCGAUAAGGCCUGUGGGCCUCUUGUUAUUUUCAGUGUAAUUUUAAUACUGAAAAAAAAUUCAACUUGCAAUAAAUUUCAGCAUGUCCUGUUAGGCGUUAGAUUUGGUAUGCCUGUGGUUAGAUUUAUGAGUUUUGGGCAGUUGGGAUCACUUUCAAUUUCAUACACUUUAUUCUUGUAGAAUACAGUGUAAAUUAGAUAUACAGUCAACUCUCGAUAAACCGCCACCUUUUGUUCUUAUGAAAUUAUGGCAUUAUAACGAAUUUGGCGAUGAAUUGAAUUACCGCCAUCUUGAAGAAAUAGAGUUACCGUUCUUUUAUAUGUAAGAGUUAUCUUUUGUCCUUACUUGCAUAAACCACAUAAACAAUGAUUUGCAAUAUCCUGAAGGGUACAUUUUGGAUGAUGUUCUUCGUACGUAAUGAUUUGCUUUUUUUCAUCGAAAUUUAACAGGACCCUCUUUCGUGGCGAAACCAUAGCUAAAUUGAAAUGUGUUUCUAUGAUGUAUAAACAACUUGACUACAGUUCAUCUCCAGUAAUUUUCUUGUUUAUUCAAUACAGCAAUUACUGGGAUCCUUCUGUCCAGGUGUACGCCGGAGAUCGAUAAUGACCAAUUUACUGCUUCACUGACCACGUGCACCUAUGGCGGUUUAUCGAGAUAAUUAACACGGUGAAAUACACUUUUGUAAUGAAAACACUGUGGCAAAUGGCGAUAGCGAAUUUGGCGUUUUAACGAGAGUUUUAAGUAACAGGAAAAAUGUUCCUAGAAAAAUGCGGCGUUAUAACGAAAAUGGCGAUGAAUUGAGUGGCGAUAAUUCGAGAGUUACCUGUAUGUCAGAUUUAAUGAAAAAUGUUUCUGUUUUACUGGCUGAAAAAACAUUAUUUGCUCUUUACAAAUUGUUAAUAUUUGUAGACAAUAAAAUUAAUAAUGUUUUAUAGUGUUUGCAUCGUAUAAAAGACGUGUGUGCAUACAGAGUUUUAUGUUUGAACAUUUCGUAUGAAACACUAUAGUGACGCUGUGAUAAGCUGUUGUUCUAGCAGCUAAACUAUUUGUUCUCUAAGAUUUAUUUGCAAUAAAAUUCACACAAUCAAUGAGGGCACUGUAGUACAUACUGUUUUGCAAAUGUCUGCAGACUGCGCAAUUCUAUACUUGAAGAAACUCCUCGGGUUUAUAUUCAUUUGAAGUGUCAAUAUCAAACUCAGGGAUUUUUCAGAGUUGUGGAUGUGACAUGAAGUAGGUCUGCUAAUAUAUCAUAAGGUAUUUAUGAGCCAACAGUGUUUACUAAGCUGUCGAUAUUCUGGGGCGAACACUUCUUCCUUGAAAUAAUAGUAUGUAUAUACAUAUUAAAUGUUGGACUGGACUAGCAGAUUCUACGGUGCCAGGGUAUGUGUAAACUUCUGAAGUUUUCUUGUCUGUUUGCCGGGACAGAUUAGUUAUUCAUGAUUGGUCGCAGAGGAAAGUAAUGAUCUGCAUGAACUACGUCUCAAUCCAGUGUGACGUUUGACGGGUAACGCAGUAUCAUGGCGCUACACCAGGGUUCACUGGCGAUCCUGGAGAACAAUGUAGGGAUCAGUGAUGCUGUCCUUCUGGAUCCAAUGACUGAGGAUGUUUUCAUCCAGAACCUCAAGCAACGCUACCAGCACAACCAGAUCUACACCUACAUUGGCACCGUGGUCGUUUCAGUCAAUCCUUACAAAACAACUAAUCUGUACACACCAAGCAUCAUCGAGGAAUACCGGUCUAGGAACAUCUAUGAACUCCCGCCUCACAUAUACGCAAUAACCGAUGAGGCUUAUAGGUCUAUGCGAGACAGACACUUGGACCAGUGUAUCAUCAUUUCCGGGGAGAGUGGUGCUGGCAAAACAGAGGCCAGUAAAGUGAUAAUGCAGUAUGUGGCUGAAGUAUCAGGGAAGGGGGAAAAUAUUGACACAGUGAAGGAACAACUUUUACAGUCCAACCCAGUACUAGAAGCAUUUGGGAAUGCCAAGACCAACAAGAAUGACAACUCCUCCAGAUUUGGGAAAUAUAUGGAUAUAGAGUUUGACUUUAAAGGGGACCCCAUUGGUGGUGUUAUAACAAACUAUUUAUUAGAGAAGUCACGAGUCGCCGUGCAGUUGCCAGGAGAACGAAACUUCCAUAUCUUUUAUCAGCUGCUACAGGGAGCAAAACUGAGCACACUAGAGUCUCUGAAAUUAACGAGAGAAAUCGAGGAUUACAAUGUAUUACGCUGUGAAGGAAAUGCUGAUGUGGCCACCAUGAAUGACCAGGAGAACUUUGACACAGUUAUGCAUGGUAUGGAGGUAAUAGGAUUUUCGUCAGAGGAGAAGACUUCACUAUUCCAACUAAUAGCCAGUAUCCUUAAGUUGGGAAACAUAGAGUUCUCUCACAGAGGUAACGACGACGGUACUGAUGGGUGUGACCUCAGCAACACAGCAGCACUUGAUGAUACAGCAGCCUUACUGGGCUGUCCAUCAGCUGAUCUGAGUGUGGCCUUGACACAAAGAACUGUAGAGGUCAGAGGUGAAAAGGUCAAAAGAGAUCUGAGUGUGAAUGAUGGAAUGUAUGCAAGAGAUGCUCUAUGUAAAGCCGUUUACAGCCGCAUGUUUUCUUGGUUGGUGGCCCGGAUUAAUGACAGUAUUAAGGUUACCUCAGGAAUGAGGACAGAGGUCAUGGGUGUCCUUGACAUUUACGGAUUUGAAGUGUUUGAGCAAAACAGCUUUGAACAAUUCAUCAUCAACUACUGCAAUGAAAAGCUCCAACAGAUUUUUAUAGAACUGACCCUGAAGGAGGAACAGGAGGAAUACAUCAAGGAGGGAAUUGAAUGGCUUCAUAUAGAGUACUUUAAUAAUGCAGUCAUUUGUGAUUUGAUUGAGAAGUCCAACAUAGGUAUUCUGGCUCUGCUGGAUGAAGAGUGUCUGAGACCAGGAAACCCAACGGACCUUACAUUUCUGGAGAAGCUGAACCAUGCCUGUCAAAACCACCUUCACUACGAAAACAAAGCACUGAAGAAAUGUCAGAACGACAAGACACUCGCCCAUGGCACAUUCCGACUCAAACAUUAUGCUGGCAAUGUAACCUACAAGGUGGAUGGAUUUCUGGACAAGAAUAAUGACUUACUGUUCCGCCAUUUGUCUCAGGCUAUGUACCAGUGUAAACACUGCCUGAUGAAGGGACUCUUCCCAGAAGGAAAUCCCUCUCAAAAGUCACUGAAAAGGCCAGCUACAGCAGGAUCUCAGUUCAAGAUAUCUGUGACAGAGCUCAUGAAGAAUUUGUUGUCCAAGAACCCUAAUUACAUUAGAUGCAUCAAACCAAAUGGUUCAAAAUCAGCAAACGACUUUGAUGAGAACCUGGUCAGGCAUCAAGUGAGAUAUUUGGGUCUCAUGGAGAAUGUUCGAGUGAAGCGAGCUGGAUAUGCUUUUAGACAGAUUUAUCUACAGUUCCUGUAUCGAUACAAAAUGUUGGCAGGACCGACCUGGCCACGAUGGGCUGGGAAACCCAAGGAGGGAGUCAAAAUUCUCUUAGAAGCCCAGAAAGUUCCAGAGGAUGAAUAUGCAUUUGGCAAAACCAAGUUAUUUAUAAGGAAUCCUAAAACACUGUUUGACAUGGAGGAGAAAAGAAGGCAGCACAUGCAUGUUCUGGCCACCAGCAUUCAGAGUGUGUACAAAGGCUGGAAACAGAAGACUCUUUAUGUGCUGAUGAGGAAAAGCCAAAUCAUCAUCAGUGCUCGCUUCAGAGGAUACUGGGGGCAGAAGGUAUAUAAGAAAACCAAACAAGCUACACUUGUGCUGCAGUGCUUUGCUAGAGGAUGGAAGGCAAGAGCUUUGCUUAAAAAACUAAAACGAGAGAAACUGGAGAUAGAAUCUGCCAAUGUGAUUCGAAAAUUCUACCUGGGUUGGAAAGUCAGGAAUGAAUACCAGCCCAAAUUUAGGAGGAUUGCGGGCCCAAAGAUUUCAAGAUUCUUUGUUAUAGCCUUGCGGAAAAAAUACCUUUUGGAUUUGAAGACCAAGCUGCCUAGUUUAUCUCCAAUCAACGAUGAGUGGCCGGAUUGUCCAAAAAGAUUCCAGUCUGCUUCUGACCAACUGAAAGUGAUGUACCAUGCUUGGAGAUGCCGGAAAUACAGGAGAAAAUUCAGUGAAGCAGAGAAAUAUAAAAUGAAAGAAAAACUGAUGGCCAGUGAACUCUUCAAGGACAAAAAGGAGGGUUACGCUCGAACUGUGCCUCAACCUUUCAGGGGAGAUUAUCAGAACCUCCUAGCAAAUGCUAAGUGGAAGAAAUUACUAAGCCAGAAGCCUGAAGACAACCACAUUGUAUUUGCAGACGUGGUGCAGAAAGUGCAUCGAGCUAAUGGAAAGUCAGUAGAACAACUAUUGGUGAUGAGUUCACAGAACCUCAUUGUGAUAGAACAUCACACUAUGAUGGUGAAGUACCGGAUUCCUGUCUCCCAUAUCUCAGCAAUGUCUGUCAGUCCACACACAGACAAAAUCAUUGUGUUUCACAUACAGAAGCAUGAAAAUGGAGAUGGCUUAUCAAAGAAGGGAGACUUUGUCUGUGUGUGUGAGCACACUAUUGAACUUGUAUCCAAAACCAGCCUUCUCAUCAAGAACCUUACAGACCGAUUACCGGAGGUGCACAUAGCACCCAUGUUUAAAGCCCAGUUUGGAAAGUCGGAAGUGCAAUUGUCCUUUAAAAAUGGACUGACAGAAAAUGUUCCAGGAGGUGUAAAAAUUGUUCGCAAGAAACACACUAUGGAUAUUUUGUACAAUUCUCCAACCCAACAGACAAGUUCAGGAUCGUAAUUGACCCAAGUUUCACUUCCAACGACAGGAACGCUUCACACAAUGGCCAUUAUUCAAAUCAGCAGCUUACCCUAAUUAGACGGUUAAUUAGUCCAAACCAAAGAGAAAAACCUGAAUAGUGGGAAUAGCGGUACAUGUAUUACAAUUGUACUAGUACUUCUGUGGAUUUCUAAUGGUAUUUGUUUAUAUUUUAUUACUACGGUUACCCGGUAAAUGUUACUGGAGUGGUGGUUUUUUUGUACAUGUAGUGUGUGUGUUUACGUUUCAUUUCCUCAGUCAACAUGUUGUAAGAAUGAGUGCAGUUAAGAUUGUACAUUGUUGUAAUGACUUUCUGUAUUUGUACUGAAACUUGAAGUCAUUCAUUACAAUCCAUUGGAAAGAAAAACGAGUGUGCACGACCAGAUUUUUUUGUCUCGAGAAUCUGCUGAAACUGUGCCGCAUUUAUUAAUGGCUUCUUUCUGGACCUUUACCCGGUACUCUUAGCUUUUGAUAUGACAUUAAUUUUUAAUUGAUAUGAUAUGUCUUAAUUUAUAAUUGAUAUGUCAUGUUGUAAUUUAUAAGUGAUAUGACAUGUCGUAAUUUAUAAUUGAUAUGACGUGUCAUAAUUGAUAUGACAUGUUGUAAUUUAUAAUUGAUAUGACAUUUCGUAAUUUAUAAUUGACAUGACAUGUCGUAAUUUAUAAUUGACAUGACAUGUCGUAAUUUAUAAUUGUUAUGACAUGUCGUAAUUUAUAAUUGACAUGACAUGUCGUAAUUUAUAAUUGACAUGACAUGUCGUAAUUUAUAAUUGUUAUGACAUGUCGUAAUUUAUAAUUGACAUGACAUGUUGUAAUUUAUAAUUGACAUGACAUGCCUGAGCUGGUCUAGCUUUAUCGUGUAUAUGGCUGUAGAGUGUAAGAAAUGAUAAGGUCUUUAGAUUUUCUAUGAAAGUUAAUUUUCGGUUAUUCCCUAACAACUUUUGUAUGUAAAUUAGAUAUUUAAAUAUCCUACAUUCUAGUGAUUUAUUGCUAUUCUAUUUUAUUUCUAUUUAUUUUAGAUUUGUACAUUUUUAUGGUUUUUCAGUCCCGGUUUGUUUAAAGGGUACUUAUAAACUACAAAUAACUUUAUAGUUAAAGAAUAGGAUUUGGUGCUGAUAUGUUAAGUUUUCAUAGAUCUGUUUUGUUUAUCUUUUAAAUUUAUUGAUCUGUAUUAGAUGGAUAAGUGUCUCGUGUCAUUAGUGCUUUCAUUUUGUUUUCCACAGAAGUUGUAAAGUUCUUUGAUUGUACUAUGCCUUUAAACAUUUUAAUUCAUCAUAUUUUUAUGAUAAUCACUUUUCAAUGGUUGAAUUUUUUAGCCAAUCUUUUGGCACAUUUGUGCCUUGAUUUUAAAGUAGACUGUUUAUGACUUGUUUUUCAGUGAUAAGUGGAUUUUUUUUUUCCAGUACAUUGUAAUUUAUUAAUCUUUUUGAUAAUUAAUGGGAUGUAAUUUAUUGAUCUUUUUGAUAAUUAAUAGGAUGUAAUUUAUUUAUCUUUUUGAUAAUUAAUGGGAUGCCAUUUUAUGGGUUUUUUUUAUGAUUUUACUGUAUUUAAUCUACAAAAUCAUUGAUCAUGUAGCUCUGUGUAAUUGAGUUGCCUCCCUGUUGAUGGAGUUCUAUACAUGAUUUUCAUUACAAGUUCAAAUACUGACAUGCAAAAGAAAAGCAACCUCCAAAUUUCGUUAAAAUCUUUUAUUUCAUUCAAUAAAUAUCAUUUGAUUUUUACAACUAACAGAAGAUGCACAUCUGUUCUGUUGGAUAACAAAUGGUCAUCAUCACAUCGGCAAAAAAUGUCAAGGUUGAAGGGGGGGUAGCCACUCAAAUUUUCCUGUUGCUGCUCAAAUUUUGUGAUGGAUAGAGUUUGUGCCAUGGGGAUGUUCUGCCACUUUUCAGACACACAACGGUAGAGCCUCUGGUAAAUGUGGACACAUUUGAAUACGAUGAUCUAACAUGCACCACACAUGCUCAACUGACAAGAGAUCGGGCUGUAUGAGGGCCAAGAUUACAUAUCGACAUUGUAUUGAAAAUGAUAGUAAGGCGACAUGAUACCAGACAUGUUGUGCUGGUAGACAGACGGCAAGAUGACAGACGACAAGAUGUCAGACAGCAAGAUGUCAGACGACAAGAUGUCAGACAGCAAGAUGUCAGACGACAAGAUGUCAGACAGCAAAAGAGUAGCAAUGUACGUUUGAACUGUCGCAUUGCCUUUAAUGAUGACCAAACAUGUUUUACAGCCAUUAAAGAUACUGUCCCACACUAUAACAUUCUACCAUGCAGUCAUCGGUGUAACAUUCAAUGCGAUGUCGAAAAACACAUUAAUGUCCAUCUGAGCAAUAAAGCAUGAAUCUCAACUCUGCAAUUGGGAAACACAUUUGGACGAUGCCAUCACAAUGUUUCAUUGAUGAGGAUUGUGGGGCAUUUCCACCUCAUAGGAGCAGAAACACCUCAGCACAGUCCCUGAUGUCUCGUGUUUAGAUAUUUGUGCAGUUCUAAACCAGUUGCAUAAGUGCUGCAGCCUCAUGAUUACAUGGUGUUGUAUUUUUGGUUGGCCACUUUAAGGUCAGCAAUUGUAUCAGGCAGUGUAAGACAUUUGUAAAGAUGAUGUAGUAUACUUUUGAGGAUGUUCAGCACUCUUGCCAUCUUUGGAUGUUUCCAGGGUAACAGUACUGUCUUGUUUUGUGCAUCAUUAGGUAGCCUAGGAAUUCUUUAUGUGAUAUGAAAGAUAAAUUUCAAUAUUGGAUUAUUCUUAACUGAAUUCUAACAAACAGAUCUGAGAUGCGGGAAAUGCUGCCGUGUGUAUCUGUACACGUUCUGGUUAUGUACUGGUGUCUCGAGAACGUGUGGUGUGAUGGAAUCCCAAUUAAUGUGAAUAUGUAUGCUCUCAUGCAAUUCAAAGUUGCUAACGAUGAACUAUUAAUAUUUAAAAUUAUUGGGGUUGCAUUUGUUUUGCGUAACAGUAUACGUGUAUGUUCCAGUCAUUCCUAAUGAUCCCGUCUUGUUUCAAAGAUUUGCAGAUCAAACACUGAACAGGUCACCAUGGAGAAAAUUCAGUGUGACUCCACGGAUUGGUGUCGGAGAAAAUUGGUGUAAAUCCAAACAUCAGAGUCCAAGAAACACAAGUGUUGUUUUUGAAAUUUUGUAUCCCUCUUCCAUAGUAGGUUUUCAGAAAAUCUUUUAACUUUUAGAUAUUUUUUAAAUAUUUUAUAAAACUAGGUGCUGAACAUUAAUCAUUUUUGCUCAAAUUUCAAAGUGAUUAUUAACCACUAUACGUACGUGUGAUUAAAUUACGAGACAAAUUAGUCCACUGCAUGUUGCAUAGAUUUCUUGUACUGAUGUAGUUGUAGCAAACAUUCUUAAGGACAUCAAGAAAUAUCAAUAUUCUCUGUAUUUACAAUUUAGUACAAAAGUAGUUUCUAAUUUACUUUAGAUAGUCAACUUUUUGUAAUUUGUCUUAUUAAAGUAAAAAAAAAAAAAUGUUUAGCCUCAAGAAAUGGUGAUAGUCCAAAUGUAUAGUCAUUUCUUUCAAAGGAUUUUUUUUUUUUUUCCAUGUAGGUGGUAUGUUAUGUAAAAGAAAAGGUGCCAUGAUCUUAUGUUUUUCUACAUGUAGAUAUAUAGCACCUACCAUUUCAAUCAUGAUCUCUCGUAUUUAUGCAUGCAAUGUUCACAUUUUGUCUAGUCCUCACACAUAAUGUACAAUGUAUCUGCUACUGUUAAAUGACAUUGUUAAACAGAGCACAGAUGUCUGUGGCAUUGCCAAUACCACGUGACAGUUCUUAUGUCUGCUACUGUUAAAUGACAUUGUUAAACAGAGCACAGAUGUCUGUCGCAUUGCCAAUACCACAUGACAGUUCUUAUGUCUGCUACUGUUAUAUACUGGAUUUGAUGUAUUUCCAAUUUAAAGAACAGUAUUGUUGAAAUGCAAAGAAUUUAUUACAGUAACUUUACAUAAAGAACAUGACACCAAUGUAUGCUGUUGUUCAUGUAAACAAAAUUCGGAUCUCGCAUGUUUUACAGUAUUUGCACAUCUCCCUGCUUGAAUCUGGUAUGUAUGAGUGUGUGUGUGUGUAAAUAUAUAUAUAUAUAUAUAAAUAUGUAUAUAUAUAUAAUAUAAUGGUAAUAAUAUUCUUUAGUAUUCUUAAUUUCUUUUUUAAAAUUUGAAAAUCAUUGGAAUCUAAUGCCAUGAAACAUGAUAUUUACACAAGCAUUCAUGACAUUUUGAUUUGGAAAUUAUUGUAUGGUAUUUUAGAUAACUUUUUAUUUGCGAGUUUUUUAUUUUCAUGUAAAUUUGCAGGGUUACACAAAAAUAAGGUCCUUGUGAAUAAUUCAGUAUGUAUUUGUGAUUACGCCUCGCUGUCGAAGCUGGCAAGGUAGUAUUACGUAAAUAAAAUAUCGUGAUAUAUACUUGAAAGUGAUUUACAGUAUUCUAAAUCUAUCUGUAACAAAUUGACUUAUUAAUGGGUGAAUGUGUCAACCCACUACACUUGUUACAGACUUUUGAUUCUAUGUGAUAUAACUACAAGCUGUACAGUGGUUUUUAUGUUGUGUUAAGUGAUGUGUCCAUCAUAUGUUAUUGUGUACUGUACAAGUUUUGUUCAUCAUUACAUAUUUACUGCAUACACACAUUUUUAUUGUUCACUCUUUCACGAAAUGUGAUCAGUUACCUUCUUUAUCAGGUCUUAAAGAUGGCAUUUAACAGGUGUCAAUUUUUGUAUUAAUUUCACAUUCAUUACUGAUAUGGGAACUAUUUAAAUCGGUUAUUGCAAUGACAACAUUAGAUUUGGCAAAGACAACAAUAAAAUUUAAUGUAACUACAACUACUAAACAUGGAGACAAUUUUGAAUUUCAAUAAACUUGGUAAGAAGAGUUUUACUUUAGCUCCAAGUUCAGGAAGAAUUCAAAAACUUCAAAGUUAACAGAAUGUUCUAAACUUGCUCCUGAAUAAUGCAUGUGCUUUGUUCUGUGGGGAAAAUGGUGGUAUCAUCUUCAUAACAUUUAUAAUAUUAUUCACUGAGCUAAAUCAAAAUGUUCAUGAAGUUUCUUGCUUGAACUUUGAACCAUUGCCAUGUGAUCUUCUGUUGUUUUGUUUUGUAAACUGUAUUUAUGUAUUUCACAUGUUUUUAAAAUCUCUUCUUUGAAAACCACCUGAAAUCCAAUCUGUAUGUCCAUCUUUAUUUAAAUCACCCCAGCUACUUACACUGUAACUAUUAUAGAUUGUUUGUGAACUUUAUUCUGUAUUUAAAGUUUCAAUGUUUACUGAAUUUAUUUACAUGAAUUGUGAUUUUGAAGUGGGACCUAGUGUUUUACAUGUAUUCUGGUUGCUUGGACCAUUUUGAUGUCUAUAAACUAAUGUAUUCCCCUAGUAAUCAGUGUUAUAUACAGACGGGAUCUGAUAGUGUCAAUAAACUUUGUAGUCUAUAUGACA